GAAGUAACGUUUCAACAUGUAAAUAUUUACAAAGUUGCCUUUCCAAAACCAGUCAGUUCGCCAAACCCUCGAUGCCUCCCUUUUUCUCCGCUGAUUGAGCCACCGUUGCCGGCUCUUCCGUCACCAUUAGUCGAGUCAACCACCACCGAUCGCUGAUGGGCGAACAAAUCCAGACCCAGACGCACGCCCACACUCAUUCGCAAACUCUGCAACAAACUCAACCGCAGCCACUGUUACAGUCACCAAUACAGCCUCAUCAUGACUCAGCUGCCUGUCCCCAAACGCAAACCUCCCCCGAACUAGCUAAUGUUCCUCCGCGGACCGCUCCUCCUCCUUCCAAAAUCCCCCUACGUCCUCGAAAAAUUCGAAAACUAUCUCCGGAAACCACCGGGGAGCCCAAUUCCUCGGAUAAUUCAACCGCUGGAACAACCACUAGUAAGCCGACAUCAAGAGCCUCCAAAGUCAAAACGAACACGCCGCGAGCUAUUGUUGUCUCAAGAAUUGCUGCGAGAUCGUUGUCUUGCGGGGGCGAAGUUGAAAUCGCUAUCCGUCAUCUGAGAGACGCAGAUCCGUUGCUUGCUUCUCUCAUUGAUAUCCAUCCGCCUCCGACUUUCGAAACCUUCCACACUCCUUUUCUUGCCCUAACUCGAAGUAUUCUCUAUCAGCAACUCGCGUUCAAGGCUGGGAAUUCGAUCUACAUUCGUUUCAUUGCUCUAUGCGGUGGCGAGGCCGGGGUCUUACCCGAUACUGUUCUCGCUUUGACACCACAGCAGCUCCGUCAAAUCGGAGUCUCAGGCCGGAAAGCCAGUUAUCUUUACGAUCUUGCUAAGAAGUACAAGAAUGGGAUAUUAUCGGACUCGGCGAUUUUAAAUAUGGAUGACAAGUCGCUCUUUACAAUGCUUACGAUGGUGAAUGGAAUUGGUUCUUGGUCUGUUCAUAUGUUUAUGAUUUUCUCUUUGCAUAGACCGGAUGUGCUUCCUAUCAAUGACCUCGGAGUGCGUAAGGGAGUGCAGUUGCUGAACAAUUUGGAGGAGUUGCCGCGGCCGUCCCAGAUGGACCAGUUGUGCGAGAAAUGGAGGCCAUACCGGUCAGUGGCGUCGUGCUACCUUUGGCGGUUGGUAGAAGCAAAAGGUGCUCCUUCAAGCACUGUUGCAGUAGCAGCAGGUGCUGGUAUGCAAUUACAACAGCAGGAUGAGCAGCAGCAACCGCAGCUUAUUGAUCCAAUUAAUAGCAUUCUCAACCUUGGUUACUGUACGUCCGUGGAGCUGCUUGAGUGCCUUGACCCCUGAAGAUUCUGGCCUGUAAUUGGGCACCUCAAUGACAGGUUCUAAGAUGGAUCUGGCAAUUGCAUCCAUUCGGCAUUCUGUGCAUUAAGUGGGAUUGGUCACAAAGCAAAGCUGUGGAGGUACUCAUGCAAACUUUUAGUAGCUGAAAACUUGGGCAAUUGGUGGAGAUGAGUGUUUCGCUUCUUAUCUAGUCAAAUGUAGUGGACAAGACUGCUGAAUUUCUGCUUUUCAUUUUAAGAAGUUUUAAUCUUACCUUGUCAAUAGCCUCUUAUAGGACAUUAUAGAAUGCAAAGGUACAAUGCUUUCACCUUUGUCUGUUGUGGUUCUCAAUUUGAGUUUUUGAAAAUGUGCUGUGCAAUGUGAACUGCACUCCCAAACUCAAAUCAGUCUUGAGAUGGGUUUAUAUGCUCACUGCUGUAAUAUCCGAAUGGAAAUCAAAUCUAUGCAAAGAUUUCUAAACCUAAGAUCAAUUUAUCGGUUU